AUGCAAUAAGAGCCGGCCUAAAAAGAGAUUUGUUAUGAGGUGUUGCCUUAAAGUUUUAUAAAGUAAAAGAGUUAUUGUCGCACUAUUGCCAUUAACAACAAUAAUAGUAUUCUUUUAGUGGGCAGUUAAUCCAUUAUAAAGGUGUAUCAGUUCAAAUAAGGAAUGAUGAAGUUCAUACAAAAUUUGUAUAAACAUUCCAAAGUAGCAACCACACUCAAUUUUUUUAGCUAAGGAAAUUUCUUUUCAGGAUCAGAUGAUGGUUAAAUCAUCAUGUGGUCAGCCAAUUUAAUUUCAAAAGCAAAAUACAUACAAUCUUUUUAAAAUCAUUCCAAAAGUAUACUUUGUGUGGCACUCAACAGAUAAGAAAAUUUAAUUGUCUCAGGUAGUUUUGAUACUACAAUAAAGUUUUGGAAUCUUCCAUUCUAAAAUCUAACAUAAUGGUCUUGUUCUGAAACUAUUUCAGUCCAUACUCAACCUGUAUAUGGAUUAAGCAUGAAUGAAGAAAAUAAGUUAAUUACUUGUGGAUAUGAUUCUUUACUAUUGGUUAUACAGUUCUAAGAGAAUACAUCAAAAUGGUAAAUUAAAUAGAAAAUUAAAGUCAAUUUGUGGGGUUAUAGAGUGUGUUUCAUAAAUAAUGAAAUAUUUACAUUUUAACCCCUUCUAUCAAGCCACCUUUAAAUAUUUUUAUUAGAUUAAACAACACAAACUUACAUAAACUCCUUUAAUCUUGCUGUUAAAGAUGGAGGUUAACUCUGUUCCUCUCUUUUCCCAUCCACAUUCAACAGUCAGAAAAGUGUUAUUAUUAACAAGAAUGGAGCUCAUGUCAAUUUGAUAAAAUUAAACAAAAAUUAAAACAGUCUAGGAAAUGAUAAAUAUAUAUUAAAGUUAGAACAGUCAAUUGAUUUUGGAACGGACUUGUACGGCAUAGCCAAUAUUUUUGGAACGAUGAGUAAAGAUGGUAACUUCUUAGUUACUUGGGAUGCAAAAACAGAAAAAAUUUAAAUUAGAGUUCUUAAAGGUUAAUGA